UGGGUGCUGCUACAAUCGUUGGCCACGUAACCGGGCCACGUCGCGCAUUACUCGCCAUUUUCACAUCGAGGAGUAGGAAUUUAGUCGUACAGACCCGCUUGUUUGGUUGUUAAACGACUAGUAACGGAGGUUGGCAAGACAUAUCUGAACUGACUGAAAUUGGUUUGCUUUAGAGAAGAUACUGUUGCCUGCAUCCUGCAGAAACAUGAACAUAUUCAGACUCACCGGCGAUCUUUCCCACCUAGCAGCCAUCAUCAUCCUGCUGCUAAAAAUAUGGAAAACCAGGUCCUGUGCCGGCAUCUCUGGAAAAAGCCAGAUCCUGUUUUCCCUGGUCUUCACCACGCGCUACCUGGACCUCCUCACCUCCUUCAUAUCGCUCUACAACACUACCAUGAAGGUCAUCUAUAUUGGCUGUGCAUAUGCCACUGUCUACCUGAUCUACGCCAAGUUCAAGGCCACAUACGACGGUAACCAUGACACCUUCAGAGUGGAGUUCCUGGUGGUUCCUGUCGGAGGACUGGCCUUCCUGGUGAACCAUGACUUCUCUCCCCUAGAGAUCCUGUGGACGUUCUCCAUCUACCUGGAGUCUGUGGCCAUCUUGCCCCAGCUCUUCAUGAUCAGUAAGACCGGCGAGGCGGAGACCAUCACCACCCACUACCUGUUCUUUCUGGGCCUCUACCGCGCGCUCUACCUCAUCAACUGGAUCUGGCGUUUCUACUUCGAGGGCUUCUUCGACAUGAUCGCCAUUGUGGCCGGGGUGGUUCAGACAAUCCUCUACUGCGACUUCUUCUAUCUCUACGUAACGAAAGUUUUGAAAGGAAAGAAGCUGAGUCUGCCAGCUUAAGUGCCAAAGAUCUGAGAUUUGGCAGACUCGCAGGAGAGGGUGGUGGGGUAAGGUAGCAGAAGACCCUGUGCCCCCCCCACCCUCCCUCGCCCCCCAUCCCCAGCCAGAGUAAGAUGCCUGAGACAGAGAACGAAUGGGAAUGGCUCUCCGUGGGUCCUGUCUCGUCGUCUGACCAGUCAGGGGCUCCAGAGCCGGCCGGCACCCACAGCCUUCGGAUUUCUGUUUGAUGCAUCUUGCCUUAACUUUUUUAUUAUUCUGUAUAAAGAAAAACACAGUGAGAAAGGUUUUCUACAUAAAGAUGUGUACUCUAUGAUUUGACACAUUGGCAAUUAAGAGUUGAAAACAUUGAUUGCCUGUGAUUUGGCACUGUAAGAUAUUGGAGCAGACUUCUUGUGGUUGGAGAUUGAUAUUGAUUGAAUCGUUUGUAAAAGUAUUUGCAAUCUCAAUAAAUGUACAUUGUUUUCCUGAAUCUUAUUGAGGGGGCAUGAUCUGGAGAAAUCAGAGCCCUGCGCUUUUGCUGGUAAACUUUUUUUGUUUGUUUUUUCCCCAGACGGUUUUGUUCCGUUGUUUAGCCCCAUGCACAUUCCUGUAGAUGGCCAGUUACAGCCUCUGUCAUCUGACGGCUAGGUUUCCCAAAGCCUUGUUAGUCAGAGUAUUUUUUCCAUUUCACUAACAAACCCACUUCAGCUUGAACGUAAUCUUUUACGUUUACAUUAAAGAAAUGUGUUAAAUGAAACACCAAACUAUGAGAUGAUUGAAUCUACGGUAGAUACAAAAGCGCAGAACUUCUUUCACUAUACUGGCUUUGGGACACAUAGCUGUGGCCAGUAACAAGUUCUCAAAAUACUAAUGGAAAAGGUAGAAUUCACCUGAAACUGUCAAUCAAGUUUGUGUAAAACAGCUGGUGAACUGCUCAAUGCUGUAAAUUGCUUUCUUUAUUCAAAUUUACCACCAUCUUCCAAUUGGAUUCCUUAUGUCUGUUAGACAGGGUUUGUGAUGGUGUAUCACCUGUUAUUAUACUCAUUAUCUGGUGCAUCACCUGUAACGACUACUCAUCGGCUCUUUCAUCGAAAUGAGUUGAUUGGUAGUAUACUGUAGGUUAUGACCACGGUUGUCAUCUGUUUUGGAAAAUAAACUUCAAAGGACUUCACUGACUGUUAGGGUUUUUAUCAUUCAAUAAACAGCUGUGUCUGUAGAAUUGUCUACUUGAUGUGCAUAUUACUUAGCUCACUGAGAUUUUCUUGUAGAUAAUUGGGCUUGAGCACAAUACUAUGGACACUGUUGGACAGGAGUACCAGCAAACCUUUCUUGACACCAGUCUGCCAUCAUUGUCCACGCAUAGAAAGCAUUCCAGUAGUUUCCUUUUUUUUAUAAGCUUUGUUUUGCAUGAUGUUGCCGCCACAAAUAAAGAUUCGAAGGAAAACCCUU